AUGCUGUCAAUAGUGAAUACAAGAGCUAUGUUGUGUGGUAUGUGGAAGUGUGGUGAUACGAGAGGGGCGGUGUGGCUUUCUGCAGGCGUGGGCGUGAUGAUGCUGCUGGCGCUGACGGUGGAGCGGUACGUGGCCGUGUGCCACCCGGGCCGCACGCGCCCCAUCGUGGGGCCGCCGCGCCGCGUCGUGGCGCUCAUCCCGCUGCUCACCUUCGCCGCCUACCUGCCGGCUGCCUUCCGCGCCCGCGUCGCCGCCUGCCGCCCCGCCCUCGCUCCUGCGCUCGGCCCCGCCCACGAGGCGCGCGUCGUCUACUACAAGGUGAGCAGCGGCGGCGCCGCCCCCGGAGACGACCCGCGCGCCGGCCACUUCGCCGAGGAGCGCCGCCUCGUGCUGCUGCUCGGCUCCACCUCCAUUCUGUUCCUGGUGUGCGUCUCGCCCAUGGUCAUCCUCAACGUGACGCUCAGCGACCGCAACCUCACGCUCUUCCCCUACCAGCAUUCCUUAUAA